AUGAUGUGGCAAACUUCCCUUGGAGCAGCUGCCGCCGUAUUUUCCCUCCUCACUUCCCAAGUAGUCGGGCAAGAAGACAUUCAGACAGAAGCCCAAACGGCCCAGAUUGAGUCGACCAAGGGAGUCAUCCUCGACUCCAUCUUGGAUUGGAACGACGCCGCGAGACUUGACCCCACCACGUACAAUGGCCAGAAGUACGGAUGUAAAUGCUAUCCUGGCCGUCCAUGCUGGCCCUCCGCCAACAAGUGGAACAGCCUGAACAGGACAGUCGAUGGCACUCUUCGUGUCAACGUCCCUGCCGGUGCUGUCUGCCACAAUACCUUCGACGGACCCUUUGGCACCAUCCAGACCUACGAUGAGGCGGCAUGCGCUGAUGCCAAGGAGAACCUUGUCAACGAGCAGUGGACGGUUGAAAAACCGGCCGAUGGCCUUUGGACCUACUUCACCAACGACACCUGCCGUCCCACCUCGAACCCCUCCGACCCAUGCACCCUUGGAAGCUACGGCGUCUACGUGAUCAUGGCAACCAAAGCCUCUCACAUCCAAGCCGGCGUCAACUUUGCGCGCCGAAACAACCUUCGCCUAAUCGUCCGCAACACGGGGCACGAUUUCCUCGGCCGCUCCGUCGGCUACGGCUCCCUGAUCAUCAACACGCACAGCUUCCAAUCCCUCAAAUGGACCGACAAGUACACCGGUCCCGGCUCCUAUCGCGGUCCGGCCGUGACCAUGGGCGCCGGCGUGCAAGGCGGCGACAUUCUCAAGGCAGGCCACGCUUUGAACCCGCCCAUGGCGCUCGUAACAGGCGAAUGCGCCACCGUCGGUCUUUCCGGCGGGUUAUUGAUCACCGCCUCGGGUCUGAUCGUCAACGCCAACGAACGGGCAAGACCCCGACCUCUUCUUUGCUCUGAGGGGAGGCGGCCCGGCAUCGUAGCCCGCGGGCGCCACGUUGAACCCAAGAUCUUUCACAAGUACGCCAACCACCACUUUGUUGACAACGGGCUGUAUGUCUACACCUACUUUGAGAUCUUCCCUGGCCAGUUCCGCGUCCGCCCAUUCGUGGCUAUUGGCAAGGACCAGUUCCAGCUCGAGAACAUUCUUAGACCCAUAUGCUCGAUGAGUUCGCUGCUGCCCGUAUCCCAUCAUCACCGCUAUGAAGAACGUGGUCAGCCCGGCUGGCAGACCGGAUUUGUUUGGCGGCAUGCGGCGGCUCAUCCGGCGUGGAGGAACGCGACGGACUUUGUGAUUGCUGUUUUGCCGAGCCCGGAGCAUCCCAGCCUGGCGGUCAAGAAGGAUUUGCAAAAUGUUUUGACGAAUAAUAUGGAUGAAGGGUUAAGGAAUGCGUCGAGAAGUGGGGCUACUUAUGUUAAUGAAGCUGAUCCCUUCCAGCCUAAUUGGCAGAGUCACUUCUGGGGCUCCAACUACCCUAGACUCAAGCAGCUGCGCAAGAAGUGGGAUCCUUUGGGUGUCUUUUAUGCCGUGUCUACCCCUGGCACGGAAAACUGGGAGGAGAUUGAGUUCAACACUAGGCUUUGUAAGAAGCUUUGA